AUGAAAUUAAGCAAGAGAGACGAAAGCUCAUCAGACCCAAGUGAUGAAGAAAAUAAAGUAGAACGUAAUCGCUAUUGGAGAUUCUGGUAGUCUUAGUUUGAAGAAACAGUAAAGGAGAUAUAAUUGUCUAUGAUAAAGAAAAAUAGACCAACCAUAAAAAUGCAAUUCAUUAAGAAAAGAAGAGAGUUUGGAUAACCAUGUAAAUUAAAUGAAACUGAUGCAAGUGAAAAAAUGUUGGAAGUAAAACAGCAAAGUGAUCCAUUUGCUCAUGUCCGUAAUAAAGUUAUUGAUAUAGGUUUAUAAGGUUGUAAUCCAAUAGUAAAUUCUUCCACUUAAACAAUCUGGAAUAGGCGUAUAAAUAAAGCUCUCACUGUAGAUAAUGAAUAAACAAUUGUAGAAAUAGAAGAUGAUAACUAAGAGCUUCUCAAAUUUUUAGAUAAUGUGUAUCCCUUGAUGGAAGAAGCGUUACAAUCAAAUGAAACUAUUGAUAUUUAUCAAAACGAUUUUGAGUUAUUUGAUGCCGAUGAUGUAGCUGCAGAAGGCACUGAACUUUCUAAUGCAAUUAAAGAAUGGAAAACAUUUUACUAUUUAUAAUGCAAAGGCAAGAAAAUAUCUUGUAUUCAAUUCCAACCUAAUAACCAGCUCAAUUAAAAAGGAAAAUAUAUUGCAGCUGCAUUUAUGGAAAAUCUAACUUUUGAGGAAAGAGUAAUUUAUAGUAUGAAAUCUCAUAAAUUUAUGAUUGUAUUUUGGGAUUAUGAUGACUAACAUUCAAUUGAUCCUGUUCUUAUUCUCACAAGUCCUUUAGAAAUAAUAACUUUCUAAUUUAAUCCUAAAGAUCCAAAUAUAGUCAUCGGUGGUGCUGCAAAUGGUUAAAUUAUCAUGUGGGAUUUGAAAUAAAGUAACAGUCUUUACACUGUAACAGGUAAAAAAGGGUAGAAAGCUAAAUAAGACAGUAAAAGUGAAAUUCCUGAAAUAAAUCCUUUGAUUCUUUCUCAGCUUCAAGAUCCUUCAAGUGCCUAGUAACUACCAAAUAAUGAAAUAGUCCGCAAAAAUGUUUGCUCCCAUAAAAAUCCAGUUCUUUCAAUUUCUUGGAUUCCUCCUACAGUAGAAUUUGAUAGAAAAGUAUUUAAUAAUGUUGUUCAUCCCACUCAUGGAGAUUGUUACUAAUUUGCAUCUAUUUCUUGGGAUGGCCAAGUUUGUUUUUGGGAUACAAGAUUUAAUGAUUAAAAAGACUCUAAGAAAUAAUUUGAUAUUACCAGUCAUCAAUGGAAAGCAAAUUACGGUUUGCAACUUGUUAGACCUGAAGGUGGAGGUACAAUGGGUGGUGCACAAAUUGCAUUUAGAAAAGGUUAAAGAAAUCCUACAUUCACAGGAACAUCUGAUGAAGGUGAACUUUUCUUGGUUGAUUGGACAGUUCACCCAACAGAAGAUAGUAACAGAAAUGACAAAGUAACUAAAUUAUGGUAAAAUGAAAGAUCUUAUCGUCCUACAGUUGCCUUAGAAAAUUCUCCCUUUUAUGAUGAUAUAAUUCUUACUAUCCAUGAUUUCAAUUUCUGUAUCUGGAAGCAUGAUGUUGAUGUACCAAUUUUUGAUUCUGCUAUAGUUAAAUAAGGAUAAAUUACAUGUGGUGCUUUUUCACCUUCACGUCCUGGUGUUGUAAUCAUUGGACUUAAUGAUGGUAAUAUAAAUGUUUGGGAUUUCCUCGACUAAUCUCAUAAAGCAACUCUUACAUAUCACGUUGGUGCUAAACCUCUCUCAUAUAUUAAAUUCCAUGAAAAUCAACAUCAUUCAUUAGCAGUUGGUGAUUAUGAUGGUACUGUACAUAUUUUAGAAUUACCAUAUACCUUAUGGAAAAAGAUAGGAGAAGAAGAAAAAACCAUGAACGAUUUUUGGAAUCGUGAAGUUUUAAGAGUUAGAUACUUUAAACAUAGAUUUGAAAUUAGAGAAGAAGAAUUUAAAAAAUUAAAAGAAAAGAAAGAUUAAGAAGUUGCUGAAGAAGUAACUACAACCUAAAAAGUCGAUAACUAAGUAGAUGAAGACGAAGAAUUAGAAAAAGAAUAUUAAGAAUAAGCUCUUUAAUAUAUUAAUGAAGUUAUAAAAGGAGUCAAGCCAGAUUAAGAAGCACCUUAAAACUCUAAAGCUGCUAAAAAAUGA